AGUCCAUACUUCGAACUUAGUUCAGUCGGAAGUGAAACAGUGUAAUGACAACAAAAAUCUUCGCAGUCUUAGUCCGCGCGAGUCCGUGAAGCAGAAAUGUCCGUUACAACUGAUUUAUAAGUGUGACAGACUAAAGAAGAUACCAGAGAAAUAUUAAAAAUAUCCCAGUUAUUCGAGAUCAGCGUGGAAAUAUAGAUUUGUCAUAAAUCCACCCUUAAAAGUGUCAAAUCACUAAAUAAAUAUCCGAAACAAAUAUAUGUAUUUCGGGGCUUUCACAGCCUAGAGACUUAAGAGGUAGGUGGGUUAACUCAAGAGCCGUGGCAAACGAGGUAAGGAGAUUUGGCAGCAUCAUCGAAGGUGGAAGAAGCGGUGGCGUGACGGGUUUAGAAGAGAAAAGAAGAGAAGGUCGCAGUUCGCGGGUCAGCAUGAGCGGACGGUAGCGGGCGCGCAGGCGCGGAUCGAUCGCGCGGCAUCGAACGGCGCGGCGCCCACUCGGCAAUCGGCCUCGUAGCUCGGCGCUUAGUCGCGCGCGGGCCGGCGUGCGAGCGCGCGCGUCUCUGCACGUGCAUGGCGCGCCUGUCUGGAUGCCUCGCGCCCUCGGGGAAUGGCUUCGUCCGAGGAAGAGGCGACAACCACGUCGAGCUCUGAAUAUGACUGCCUCAGUGUCCGAAAAUGGUGGUGCUUCCUGCUAUCGUCGAUCUUCACGUUCGCCGCUGGGCUCAUGGUGGUGCUGUUAUGGCGCGCUUGCGCGUUCGUCUGCUGCCGCAAGGAGCCCGAGCUGUCGCCGAACGACCCGAAGCAGAAGGAGCAGAAAGCGGCGCGCCAGGGCAAACAGGAGUUCGAGGGCACCUUCAUGACCGAGGCCAAGGAUUGGGCCGGCGAACUCAUCUCCGGCCAGACCACCACCGGACGAAUACUGGUAGUGUUGGUGUUCAUUCUGAGUAUAGCAUCGCUCAUCAUCUACUUCAUCGACGCGUCCAGUGAGGAGGUGGAGCGAUGCCAGAAAUGGAGUGACAAUAUUACCCAGCAGAUCGACCUUGCCUUUAACAUAUUUUUUAUGGUCUACUUUUUUAUACGAUUUAUAGCAGCUAGUGACAAACUAUGGUUCAUGCUCGAGAUGUAUUCAUUUGUAGAUUAUUUCACGAUACCCCCAUCCUUUGUAUCAAUAUACCUGGAUAGAACGUGGAUAGGGCUAAGGUUUCUCCGUGCUCUACGCUUAAUGACCGUGCCUGAUAUUUUGCAGUACCUCAAUAUAUUAAAGACAUCGAGCUCAAUUCGUUUGGCGCAACUAGUUUCUAUCUUUAUAUCAGUAUGGCUCACAGCAGCCGGCAUUAUUCAUUUAUUGGAAAACUCUGGCGAUCCAUUAGAGUUCGACAAUGCGCAGUCAUUGUCUUACUGGACAUGCGUGUACUUUCUAAUAGUCACCAUGUCCACUGUAGGUUACGGUGAUGUGUUCUGCCACACUGUUCUUGGCAGAACAUUUUUGGUUUUUUUUCUCCUCGUCGGCUUGGCAAUGUUCGCUAGUAGCAUUCCUGAAAUUAUAGAGCUGGUAGGAAGUAGGUCCAAGUACAGUGGCGAGCUGAAGCGUGAACAUGGAAAAAGGCAUAUUGUCGUAUGUGGACAUAUAACGUACGAAUCCGUGAGCCAUUUCUUAAAAGACUUCCUACACGAAGACAGAGAAGACGUGGAUGUAGAGGUUGUUUUUUUACACAGGAAACCGCCCGACCUGGAGCUCGAAGGCCUGUUCAAGAGACACUUUACCACUGUGGAAUUCUUUCAAGGCACCAUUAUGAACCCAAUCGAUCUACAGAGAGUAAAAGUGCACGAAGCUGACGCAUGUUUAGUACUAGCCAACAAGUAUUGCCAAGAUCCCGACGCGGAAGACGCUGCGAACAUCAUGAGGGUCAUUUCCAUUAAAAACUACUCAGAUGACAUCAGGGUUAUAAUCCAGCUGAUGCAAUAUCACAAUAAGGCCUACCUCCUGAACAUUCCGUCGUGGGAUUGGAAGCAAGGCGAUGAUGUGAUUUGUUUGGCGGAAUUAAAGUUAGGUUUCAUCGCGCAGAGCUGUCUAGCGCCUGGUUUCUCCACCAUGAUGGCAAACCUAUUCGCUAUGAGAAGUUUUAAAACGUCCCCCGACACGCAAGCUUGGCAGAACGAUUACCUGCAAGGUACGGGGUGCGAGAUGUACACGGAAACUCUGUCGACAUCGUUCACUGGAAUGAGCUUUCCACAAGCGAGCGAAUUAUGCUUUACGAAGUUGAAACUCCUGUUACUGGCAAUCGAAAUCAAAGGUGAAGAAGGUACAGACAGCAAGAUCUCAAUAAACCCAAGAAACGUGAAGAUACAUGCUAACACCCAAGGCUUUUUUAUCGCCCAAUCCGCGGACGAAGUUAAAAGAGCUUGGUUCUAUUGCAAAGCGUGUCACGAGGACAUCAAAGACGAAACUCUCAUCAAGAAAUGCAAAUGCAAAAAUUUGACCGCGCACCAGCGGAAGGUUGGAGCCGACAUAGAUGUCGGAAUGAUGAUGAUGCAGACGGGGAUGGUGAAACAAAGUAAUACAUAUCGAAGUGUCGACGAUGACCACCAUCCUCCCCCCACCUUCACGCCGCCAGAGUUGCCCAAGAAGGUCCAUGUUCGAGGUGAAAUCGCUAGGGAGAGGGGAGAAGAUAUAAGUCUCAUAAACCGUAAUCAUCGGAGUGCGGCUCCAACGGCCCUGUUGUCUCCGAUGGCGAACCAGCUCAUGAACACAACGACCACGAGGCAAGUCAACAAAGUCAAACCAAACGUCAACAGAGUACCGCCGGAUACGAAUACGCAAGACCAAGAUACCAAUUACCAAGCCUAUCAUCUAGCCUACGAAGUGAAAAAACUCAUGCCAACUAGCAGAAGUAGUGGCGGCAAUCAAAACAGCAAUGGUGUAAGUCUGCCUGCCGGCCUAGCAGACGACCAGUCGAAAGAUUUCGACUUCGAAAAGACUGAAAUGAAAUAUGACUCCACAGGCAUGUUCCAUUGGAGUCCAGCGAGGAAUUUAGAAGAUUGUAUAUUAGACAGGAAUCAAGCGGCUAUGACAGUGUUAAAUGGUCACGUGGUAGUGUGCCUGUUCGCGGACCCAGACUCGCCUCUAAUAGGACUCAGGAACCUCGUGAUGCCACUACGAGCAUCGAACUUCCAUUACCACGAGCUGAAGCACGUCGUUAUCGUGGGCAGCGUCGAAUAUAUCAGAAGAGAGUGGAAGAUGUUGCAGAAUCUACCCAAGAUUUCUGUUUUGAAUGGUUCACCGCUAAGCCGGGCCGACUUGCGCGCAGUGAACGUGAACCUGUGCGAUAUGUGCUGCAUACUGUCAGCGAAGGUGCCAUCGAACGAUGACCCGACGCUGGCCGACAAGGAAGCUAUCUUGGCUUCGCUGAACAUCAAGGCGAUGACGUUCGACGACACGAUCGGCGUGCUGAGCGCGGGCGCGGCGGCCAACGGCGGCGGCGCGCAGCCCCCGCCCGGCGCCGCGCCCGCGCCCGUGCUGCUGCAGCGCCGCGGGUCCGUCUACGGCGCCAACGUGCCCAUGAUCACGGAAUUGGUGAACGACAGCAACGUACAGUUCCUCGACCAAGACGAUGAUGACGACCCGGACACGGAGCUGUACCUAACGCAACCAUUUGCCUGCGGCACUGCAUUCGCUGUCAGCGUGUUGGACUCCCUAAUGUCCACUACUUAUUUUAAUCAGAAUGCCUUAACACUGAUUCGAUCACUGAUCACUGGUGGUGCCACGCCUGAAUUGGAGUUAAUCCUCGCAGAGGGAGCUGGUCUCCGCGGAGGGUACUCCACGCCCGAGAGCUUGGCUAACAGAGAUCGGUGUCGAGUCGGUCAGAUAUCGCUGUAUGACGGUCCGCUGGCGCAGUUCGGCGAGGCCGGCAAGUACGGCGACCUGUUCGUGGCGGCGCUCCGGACGUACGGCAUGCUGUGUAUCGGACUUUACCGCUUUAGGGACACGUCGUCCUCGUGCGACGCGAGCAGCAAGCGAUAUGUCAUCACUAACCCACCUGAUGACUUUUGCUUGCUGCCGACGGAUCAGGUGUUCGUGCUGAUGCAGUUCGACCCGGGCGUAGAGUACCGGUCGAGCCGGCGCGCGGCGGGCAAGGACGACGCGUCCUGACUAUUGCUGUGCAGCGCCCUCACCGACGGGCCCUACUCCUACAUCUAGGGGCCUGGCGACCCUCGCCCGAGGACAAUCCUACCCUCCCGCCCCGACCUCCUCGACCGCCCACCUCUCCCGGACGUCGUCGAUAUUAUCAGAUUUUAGUUAUCCAGCGAUACCUUAACUUUUUAUUUUUAUUUCGGCCUUUUUCUUUUCUUUCUCACUUGCGAACUGUUUGUUAUACUUUUUUCUUCCACCUUUCCUCCUAUUUCACCCACUUUGAUUUGUCUGUGUCGCCAAUACCGGGUUUGAGUUUUAUUUUUAUUUUGGACGGCAUUUCCUUUCGGACACUGCACUGCAAAAUUUCACUCACUUCGAGCACUUAAUAGAAGAUUCUAGAAGAUCCGUGUCGCUUCUCGAAACUGUUUUUUGGGGAAUAAUAGCCCCAUAAUACCGGGACAGUUUGUACAAAUUAUACAGGAUGUUAUCGAAUAGAUACACGACACUUAUCGUUGGACAUAUACAGGAUGUCAGAGUGAUAGUAUUAGAAAAGCUUUCAAUGUCUCAGUAUAUUUUAGUCGUGAAUUUAGAUCGUGUCAUGUCAGUGAUAUUAGCUAACACUUGAUUGUAUCGUAACAAAUGACUCUGACCGUGCACAUGUCCAUCGAUAAAGGCACACUGUACACUAUUACACUUUCCAAACUGAGGGUAGGCAGACUACAACAAGGACUAUGUAAUCAAAUGCUCAAUGUAAAAGAACCUUUUAAACUUUUAAUUGCACGAACGCCAAUAUAUCUGGACAAAGUAUAAAUAUAAGGUACAUACUUGCAUAUAUAAAUUUUGCUUCGUUUAGAUUUUCCAUUCCUUAUAAAGUAGAUUACUUUUCAUAAUCACCACUAAGGUUAUUUCUAAUUGAUAUUACGUAGAAAUAUAUUAAGCAUUUAAAAUACUCAUCGACUGAUUGACGUAUUGUUAACUUCUCACAUCACAUAUUUACUUAUACAUUAUUCUAUUAUACUUUAACACCUUUAUAAGUUUUCUUGAAUUCACAUUGAAUUCGUCGUUUUUUAGAGUUUUUAAGGCUUUAUCGCUUUUUAUAAUGCACGGUAUGGUAGAGGUCUGCAUACAGUUCCAUUGCUCACUGUCCUCUUUUUCAUAUUAUUUAGUUUCUCUUAUUAUUAUUAUUGUAAUCAUAGUGUAGAUAGUUUGGUGAACGCUUUAUUUUCUAUGUAAUCCUGUUUAUGACUUAUGCACAGAAAAUAUUGACAUUUACCAAUUAUUAAGCUUCACCAUUACUAUAGUUCUUUUUUUUUGUUUAUUUUUUUAAUAAAUAUUUUUUUAAAGUAUUUGGUUUUUCGUUUUUAUUUCCUCAAAUAGGGCGGGGGAUUGUCAAAGUGGACGUGGUUUGCGGCGCUGCACAAUAAAUAAACGAACUGAAACAAAUUAUAUAAAAAAAAUAUAAUACUACCAUUGCAAUUGCGAGAAUGUUCUGAUCCAAUGGGAUGUACGUGAAGAGCUGAGUGCAAAGUGUAAUUUUGCUGUAAAUGUGUGAUAUUAUUUUGAAAACGUCGUUGUUAUUAAUAUGGCUUUUGAAGCCUGCGAUGUAAUUAGAAUUAACUCCGGGUGCUUUGACGAUUGUGGACUCUUGAUAGUUUAUUGUAUUAGAUAAGAUAAAACUUUAAAUAACUGCACUAAACAUAUUCUAAAUAAAGAAAAACUAAACAUCGGGCAGUUACUUGAAGUUCCUUUCUUAGAAUUUACUAAAUUAGUCAAAUUCGCAUCACCGUGGUUAGUAUCGUACACAUAGAAUCAUUUAGUGAUCGAACUUAAUGCAAUAAUUUAUUACUAAAUCACAAUUACAAGAUGUUUGAUGAAGAUCGCGAUGAACAUAAUUAUAAUAAAUAGGAAUAUAGUUAAAUAGACACCGCAACGAGCUAAACGCGUUUUAUUCACGCUGUUUAACACCGCAUUAUAUUAGUCGUUAACGAAUUAAAUACCUCAAAUAAUAGUGUAAUUUUUUGAAUGUUAAAUAAAAUUAUCAUUUGUCAAACAUCCUGUAUAUAGUUUUGUAUUGGGGUUCGUGCCUACUGAAAGAUGCUAUGGAAAUUCUAUAUUAAAUUCAAUGUACAUAGAUACAAGUCGGACAAUAAUGAAGUUCACGAGAUCAAUUCCAAAACAACUCGAUUUAAAAUAGCAUUUAAUUCGCUCAUUGCUUAAAAUCGAUAACAUAUUUAUUGGCCGACUGUACGAUUACGAUAAAAUUAAUAAAAAUGUAAGUGCAUUAUGUUUGUGCGAACCCUACGCCUGAUAACAUAAGGUGAAACUUAUCGAUUGUUUUUGUCAAAAUAUUUCAGCAAAGUCGAAUUCCAUCUUUAAGCACAGUUUCACCCAAAGUUUGCGGCAUUAGAUUAAUAAUUAGGAUCACCAUUAAAAUAGGAUAGGCAAUACCGGCCUUAUUUAUACAUAGGAUAAUAAAACACGCAACGUAACGUCAGUGUCGUUUAAUCAACUCGGUCCAAACGAAUUAUAAUGCUAAAUGCAAUUCGUAACGGAAUUGAGUAUUACAACAAAUACACUGCCAUUUUUUGUGUAAAUUCUAAUAGUCCAAUUAUUUAAUUUAAAUCACGAAUAGUGCAAAUAGUUUCACGAAUGCGGAGAAACGUGAAAAUAUAUAAUUAUUGUAAAACGUAACGAAUUUUGCACCAAUACAUUCGUCUAUUGCGUUUUCAUUUUAAUAAAUCUCGAAAUAAAUGUUACGAUAAAAAUAAUAUAGUAUGGAAAAGUAGGAAUAAAGAUAAUCGGCUAAGUGUUGCGACAUCUUUGACGAACGUUAUGCCAAACGAUAGGCUUGAUCAGGUAAUGAUGUAUUCACUGCAGUGACGUAACGAAAUUAUAAUCAAGAGGCUUUUGGCGUAAUUUAUUAAUAUUUAAAACGUAAUUUUAAUAUUCCGUGUCUUUACAUUGUUUGAGAUUGAUAUUUUCAAUUGAAAACGAAAAUCGUGAAGUGUUUAUUCGUAUCUGCACUCUCACAUGAUAAAUUUUUAAAUAAUAACACGAGAUAAAUUGGCAAGGUAUAGGUAAUAAAUUCGAAAAAUUAUUGUACCUAGAUAGUUGACGCAAGAUAUCUUUAUCGAUCGUAAAAUUAUAAAAAAAAAAAACGAGAUGGUUGUGCACGAUAGGUAUUUAAAUCAAAGUAAUCGGUCUGUCCAAAAAUUUAUCCUUAUCUAUCUAUUGUUGUAUUUCUGUAUAGCAAUGCGAACGGUUCGAUUGAGUAACCCGGAUUUUAACGUGAGGGAUGCAAACAGCCGCCUCGAGUCGAACGAUAAUAAAUAUAAAAGAAUUUAGCAAUCAUCGGAGCAGUAACCAUGCAUGCCACUGAGAGCCUGUAGACGCCAACAAAUGAUUAGAGUGCCGCCACCAACAGCUGCAAUCUCUAUUAAACAUUACUAGCUCUUUGUAAAUAGUCAAAUGUAAUUUUGUAUGUUACGUAAGAUUUUUUCAAAAUACACCUUUGCAUUAAAAAUAGAUGGCUACGGCUGCUUUAAACUUUAUAUUCGAUACUGUCGUGUGUAGUUUGUUGGGAAUUAGCCUUCUGUCACUGUAUGCUAGUUAGGUUUAGAAUUCGGACGUCUCAUUGUAAAAAUGUAAAAUACACGCUAAUAGGUAUUUUGAAUUAAUUAUGAAUGUUACAUCUAAGGGUAAUACUAAAUGAUGAUUUUUCCUUUAAUAUUUUUAUACAGCAUUACAAAUAUUUAUCGCAAUUAAAAGUUUAUAGAGGUGGAUCAGUGUGCAAUUUAAAUAGUGUCUAAUUGUAUAAUCGCCUUAACAAGAGAGAAUAUUGCUGAGUCCUUCUGCGUGUGGUUGCAUGUGGUCUAAUGUUAUCGUACGUAAUAAAUUUUUAUGCUCUAUGCAUGCAUCACGUCGCCGAUCACGAUUUUUAUGUGAUGAUGCGUCGUUACGUCAAAAUAACGAUUACUUAUAAUACGAUCCGAUUUGUAACAUACUUCAAAACGGUAGUCAAUUUUCAGUUAUCUUAAUAAUAUAAUAAUUACCCUAAUGUAUAAAAAAAAUACUUAACUAAACACCAUAUCAAUAGAUGCCUUGUAUAUCCACAUUUACCGGUUUAAAUGCUAGAUAAAAUAUAGAUAAUUCUGUAGAGGUCCAACAUAGAGGCCAAAGUUGUUAAAAUAGUUUGUUACAGUACACGAGUAGGUUUAUGACGCGAAAACCUUGUACAAAUCGGAUCUUUAAAGAUUUAGUAUUGAAACGGAUUUAGUAUUCGAAUUCGAGUAGCGACUUUUUAUUAUUUAUAAAAUAAUACGUAAAUAAACACACACUGUACCGUGCACGCGCACAAAGCAUUCGUGUACAGACGAAGAUUAAAUAUGUAGUAACGUCUUAUCUAAUGAACUAUAUCGGCGGUGUGUUAGUUCCUGAAUUGUUUCGGUUUAAUGACUUUCUCUCGCGAAAAUUUAAGUCGAAAAUUAUAUAAACACUAAAUGCCUAUUCGCAACUAGGUAGUACCAUGUUCCGUGUGCAAUAAAAUCCUAGAAUUAACAACAUUGUUGACUAUUGCUAAUAGCUUGAGGUUGUUAACGUUUUUAGAACAGAAUGAUGAAUUUUUAUGUAUUAUAUACGUAUUUAAAAAAAAAAAUCUUAACGCUCUAUAUUACGGAUAUACGCUAGACCCUUUUUGUAAGCUGAUGCCAUCUUGUCGUGUUGUUAUACGCAUAGUCCUGUCUUAAUUAAAGUAGAAUCAAUAUAUAAUGAUGGCUGUGAGGUAACUAUUAAAACAAUUUAAAUUUAUAUUAUGUAAAUGAAAAGAUUAAAAAAUAGUAAGGAAGAGAUCGCUAUGACGUAAAGACGGUCAAAUGCUAAGUUUUUUUGUUAUGAUUUGGCACUGACUCUUGAUAUUAGGCGUCCACGGUAAUAUCUAGACUGCCUAAAGUUUAUGAUCGAUGAUACCUAAGCUUACAUUUAAUCACUUAUGAACUUUAGAUUUUAAGAUAUAUAUUAAAAUGCUUUAUCUAUGUCUAAUGUCAUUUUUAAUCUAUUAGCGCCAGUGCCAAGACAGAGCAAUUGUCCAAUAAUUUGAUCAGGUAUUGGCAUCGAUGCCGCCAUUCAUGUUGCGGGUUGCCAUACUGUUGUUUGAAUAUGUUCACCUCUUAGCUCAUAUGUAAGAAUAUAAUUUAAUAGUGUUAAAUAUACGUCGACUCUAAAUUCAUAGCGACCUGUUGUAUAAUUAUGUUGUAAUUAAUAAAAGUGUUAUUACAUUCAUGGCAACCCAUGAACUCAAGCUCACAGCUUUCUUCGCAGUUGCUCAAAUUUCUCAAAUCGUAACCCCAUGUUUCACCGCUUCUAGAUGCCCAUUUAUGAAUUUAAUAUCACCAUAUUUGCGGUUGGAUUCAAAACGAGGCGCUUAAGAAAGAUUAUACAAGUUUCCAUUCGAAGCAUCACAAAGGCUCACUGAAUUAACCUAUUUUAAUUUUAUUUUUUUUACAAUAUUUUAUAUAAAGCGGAGACUUGUAUCAUCAUUUAGACCAAUAGCUGAUACUGUAAAAUCGAAACGAGAAGAACUAAUUUCGAUUUUAUAGUUACAGUGCAAAUAGAGACCUGAUUAGCGAGUCGAAUUUUGUGUGUUGCCAUUUUUCACGUAAUAUUACAUAAGCCUCGACACUUGUACGAUAGCAACACUUCCCAUACAAACUGCCAAAAUUUGUGGAAAUAUAGCUCUUACGGUUUAUUAUAAUAGAGUAAAUAUUGGCUUGUUAUAAUUUUGUAGCAGGAAAUGUUGCUGUGUGCACUAAAAAGCGAAACGACUGCACAACUCGGGAAAUGUAAUAUUACCCCGACUGUUCGAAAUGUAAUCACAACACAAAAACAAAUUAUUUAAUAUUGUUGAUGUUGAUUGUUAAUAAAAUGCAAAUAAUGUAAAUAUCAAAAUAAAUUCUGUAUUUGUAUUUGAAAAA